AAAUAUACCGUUACUAAAAUCUGCGCUCAUCUCAACCGUCAUCAUGCCUAUGACUUGGACUGACCAGGCGGACGCCAAACUCCUCAUCGGAAUCCUCCACCUAAGCACCCAAAAAGUCGACUACGAAGCCCUCGCCGAAUGGAUGGGACCGGAAUGCACCAAAAUCGCCGUGCAACGCCGCAUCCAGCGCCUGCGCGAGCAAGUGAACAAAGACUUGAACAUCAUCGGUUCUGCGUCUGCGUCUGCGUCGGGUUCUGGUGCGGAUGAUGCUGCUGGAGAGGGAUCGUCUGCGUCUGCGCCUGUUUCGCCAAAGAAGAAGAGGGGUAGGCAGGCUGGGAAGGGGAAGGAGGAUGGCAAGAAGGCUGCGAAGAAGGCUAAGAAUAAGGGCAAUGGUGAGGAGAAAGAGGAAGCUGGUGAAGUUGAUGCAGAGAUGGAGGAUGAGGAGGAGGAUGUUUGA